CUAGCUACAGAGACUUAAAGACCAGCUAAAACAUAAUGGCUAAAAUUAUCUAUGGAUUUCUUCUCAUAUUUGCCAUGACUUAUGUCAUUCAACUUGUCACUGCGGGCGGUGAAGGAUCACUUACUCCCGAUCAAUGUCCUGGCGCAUGCGACGUUCGUUGCUCAGCCACUCAAUACAAGAAGGCUUGUUUGACCUACUGUAACUUAUGUUGUAAUAAAUGUUUAUGUGUCCCAUCAGGAACCUAUGGCCAUAAGGAAGAAUGUCCAUGCUACAAUAACUGGAAGACCCAAGAAGGCGGACCAAAGUGCCCAUAAUUCAAGUUUAUUUGUGUUUAUAUAUACUGUUGGUCAUGCAUGCAUGAUACAUUUUUAUUAAGAAUAAAGUUUAUAUAUAUUA